AUGUACGCCUCAAGCGCCCCGCUUUUCGUAAUGGCCCUAUUCUUCGUCUCGGUCUUUACGGCCCCUCUUAACAUCAAUAUGGGCAACUAUUCACCAGCAAUGGUGGUCGGUGAUGGAGCGAUCGCAUUCCAUGGCGAUGGUCCAGGUGCUGCGGCUGUAGAAAAUGUAGAGGCGGCUUCUGCCGCGGAUUUUCAGCCAGUACAGGCAGCAGAGACCACUCCUGAUUCCGGAUUAGAAGGAUUAGGUCGAAAGUUAGUUAAAUUACCGGUUCGUUACCCCAUCUUUUCUCCAGUCAUUAAGAUAAAUAUGGCUAAGAUUUUUCCCUAG